AUGAAGAAGAGGACCCAAACGACGGUUUCUGGCGAGGGCGACGCGGCGUCGAGCCACCCGGACUACACCGCUUUCGUCCUGGUGCCCGUGUUCUUCCUGCUGGGCCUGCUGGGGGUGGUGAUCUGCCACGUGCUGAAGAGGAAGGGCUACCGGUGCACCACCGACCAUGGCGAGGAGGAGGUGGAGGAGGAGGAGGAGAAGGAUCCCGAGCUGGGCGGAGACAUGAAUGACACCCUGAGUGAAAACAACGACACCGUCGGCCAGAUCGUCCACUACAUCAUGAAAAACGAAGCAAACUCCGACGCCCUGAAAGCCAUGGUUCAUGAGAACAGCAUAGACUCCGAUGGGUAAGUGUCCCGUCCAUCUCAACCACCAGAUGGCGGCGUAAGCCUCCUUGUGAGAGAGAGAGAGGGAGAGAGGG